AUGCUGAGAGGAAACCAAACCAGCGUCUCGGAAUUCCUCCUCCUGGGACUCUCCGACCGGGCAGAGCAGCAGAAGCUCCUUCUCGUGCUGUUCCUCUCGAUGAACCUGCUCGGGAUCCUGGGAAGACUGUUCGUCGUCCUGGCCAUUGGCUCUGACCCACACCUGCACCCCCCCAUGUAUUUCUUCCUUGUCAACCUCUCCCUGGUCGACGUCUGCUUCCUGUCCACCACGGUCCCCAAGGUGCUGGCCAAUGUCCAGACCCAUAGCAAAUCCAUUUCCUACGCUGGCUGCCUGACACAAAUGUAUUUUUUCAUCCUGUUUUCAUAUCAUCUCUACCGUACUGAAAAUCCCAUCUGCCGGGGGAAGAUAUAA